UCAUUGCACUAUUCUUCUUUGCAGGAUACAUCUUAAAAUUCCUUUCACCUUUAGCCAUGAUGAUCUCUGGUAGAAAUCACAGUGCUGCUCCAGCUAUUCUCAUUCUCUUGGGAUUCUCUGACUAUCCAGAAUUCCAGAUUCUUCUCUUUCUGAUAUUUUUGACCAUCUAUGUGAUCACUGUGAUGGGGAAUGUUGGCAUGAUCGCAAUCAUUAUUAUGAACCCCAAAUUGCACACUCCAAUGUAUUUUUUCCUAAAACAUUUGUCCUUUGUGGAUUUCUGUUACUCCACUGCAGUUACACCAAAGUUGCUGGGAAACUUAGUUACAGAAGAUAGGACAGUGUCUCUCUCUGCUUGUAUCACACAAUUCUUCAUUUUUGUUACCUGUGCUUUGACUGACAACUUCAUGUUGGCAGUGAUGGCAUAUGACCGCUUUGUGGCCAUUUGUAAACCCCUUUUGUACCUGGUUAUCAUGUCCCAGAAACGUUGUGUCCUGUUGAUGGCUGCAGCAUACAUCUGGGGCACACUCUUCACUCUGACCUUAACCUACUCUCUCCUUACAUUAUCUUUUUGUGGGACUAACAUCAUUGAUAAUUUUGUUUGUGAGUAUUCUGGCAUACUUUAUGCCUCUUGCUCUGACAAACAUUUCAGUGAGCUGUUUCUUUUUACAGUAGCUAAUAUUAAUAUGCUGAGCACACUCAUGGCCAUAAUAUCUUCUUAUAUUUUUAUUUUUGUAACUGUCAUGAAGAUGCAUUCAGUUAGGGCAAAAUAUAAGGCUUUCUCUACUUGUGCUUCUCACUUGACAGCUGUUGGACUCUUUUAUGGAACAGUCAUUUUCCUCUACUGUAUACCCAAUACUAAAAAUUCCUGGUUUACUGCUAAAUUGGGAACCGUUUUCUAUGCAGUGGUCAUCCCCAUGCUGAACCCCCUUAUAUACAGUCUGAGGAACAAUGAAGUGAAGGAAGCAUUCAAGAAGUUAGUGGUCAAAAUAUGAUUCCUCAAUAAAUUAUUACAAUCAUCUUCAU